AUGGAGCCAAAUCGACCGCUAGAAAUAGAAAAUAGUUAUUGCAGAAAUUCAGAAGAGCCUUCAAUAGAAUUCACGUAUGCUAAUCAAGGAAAUAACAAUAAUAACUCACUAAAAUCUUCAAAAUACAGCAAUACUAUAAACAUACAUGAAAAUGAAAAGCUAGAUUCGUACGAUGAUAAAGUAUUUAACGACCUCACGAACUCCAAUUGUGAAGACCUAAAUGACUCAAGCAAGCCAGUCGUGCCAAUGCUGGACCUCUCAAUAAUCCACAGCCAAAGCAAGGACAAAAAUACUAAGCAAGCAUGCCAUGCCAAACCAAAGGAACCUACUAACAACGAGGAAAAAAUUAAUAACAUAAAAAAAAUCCAAAGUAAAAAUAUUCCAAAAAGGAACAAACACACCAUUCAAUCCAAGCAUCAAAGCUACUCUAAAAAUGAUAUUCACAGAACUAAAGGAAGGAAUAAUGCCUUAGAGUCUAAAUAAGUCUUCAAUGGCUAAAAUUGUCCAAAAGAGCACAAAGACUUGCACCCUAAAACCUAAAAUGCAAUCGAAGAAUAAUAACCCAUCCACUAGGACAAAGAAGUUUAUGGUAAAGCAUGGGUUUGACCAAAGAAAAUAAAUCAGGAGUCUAUAAGCCAGAACAGAGGCUACUUGGGGAUCCCUCUGUUAAGAGCAAUAAUAGCACACUGCUCAAAGCUAAGAGAAAAAGCUGCAAAGAGUCUAUAAUUGACCAUAUUUUGAAUAAUUCUUCAGGAAAUAAGCCGGGAAAUGUCGAUAGAAUGUACCAAGCUUAUAGGAGUACGAAUAAUAAUGCCAGCCUAAAGCCAUCGUCUUGUAAGUAUUCUAAAUCCAGACCUGAGAUGUAUGUAACUUCUAUGAAUCAUUCAAGGACCACUAAAGCUAAAGAUAUCACAAGAGAUGCGUAUAGAUCCUUUGUAUCCAGGAACAAUGGAAAUAAGAACCUUAACCAAAGGCCUAAAUCAAGCGUAGUUCGACAUAAUAUGUCUCAUGAAUCAAAUUUCGACAACUUGGGUGGCCAGAGAUCAGAAAGUGUUAACGAAAGGUUCCUCCUACCAGAGGAAAGAAAUAAGCUAAGAGUUGUCAACAUCAGCCUUGACCAAAUGGACAACUAUCAGAUUGCAGAAACUUAUCCUCAAAGCUUAGCUUUAAGUAAAGAUUCUCAUCAAGAUGAGAUAAUGAGAAAGUUAUCUCCUAACCAGCGGCAGGAGAUUCUUAGAAUCAGGGAAGAAGGCAAAAGCAGGUGUCAACAGAUCAUUAACCAGAUUGAUAUAAUGAAAUCAAAAGCAAGCGAUAGAGCCAUAGAAACCAGCGAGAGAAACAGACAGAGCCAGAAUGAUGAGUACAUCAAAACUAUAGCUGGGAAUUACGAAGAAAUACUGAGAAACCUUAAAAAUAACGAGGUUUCAUCAAAAUUAAAAGAUUAUGAAAGUAGGAUGAAAUCAUUUGAAAAUGAGAUACAUAAUAUGCACCUUAAUAUGUCUCAACAAAACCUGAUAUUAAGCCAAAAUUUACAAAGUAAUUAUGCUUCACCUCCUCCAAAUAAAGGAUGGUCUUCAAGCUUGGCUGAGCCUAACCUUGUAUAUCAAAAGAGAAUUUUAGAUGACUCAGUGAAUUAUCAGUCCAAAGACUCGAUCGCUCUUCAAAACAUAUUAUCUAAUAAAUGAGGCAGUUAUUCAAAGCCCUGCCCAGGCAAACCAAAUCAAAAUGCUCCAGAAGGAGUAAAUAAGACUUUACAUCACAAAUAAAGAUUCGGGGAACAGCUUGUGACUAAUAAACUCUUUAAACGAUUUUGAAUCAUCCCCUAUCCUCCAGGAGAACUUAAUUAAGAGUCCAAAUAAGGAAAUUUGACUCAAUCUUGAGCCAUAUCAUAGCUUGAACAACAAGAGUACAUCAAUUAACCAGAACUCUACUGAUCAGAGCUCCAUACUCCUCCAUGAAGAAAUCAAAAUCUGCCAAAUGGAGAUAGAACUGCUUCAAAAGAAGCUAAAAUAUUACAGAACUCAACUAGAAAACCUUGGAGAAGAUAACACUAAUGAUUGGGAGCUCAUGAUCCAGACUAUUCAAAGACAGCUAUCAGAGAAAGUGCAAGAGCUUGCCCAGAAAAAGGCUAAAAGAGAUAGCAUCUCAGCUCAAGCCUACACAAACCAGUACUCUAACUAUGAAUCAGUUCAUCCUCCAAGACUAAGCGGCAUUGAAAGAAGAAGGAAAUAGACUAGACAACCAACUGAAUCACUUAAAUAUGUUAUCUCAUGAAUGAGAGGAGGAAAUUAAUCUUACUCAUGAGUCAAGACUUAGUAUCUCUUCUAUGAUGAGCAACUUUUCCAUCCCAAAUGAACAUGAAAUAAAGCCUCAAAGUUCUUCUGGAGCCCCGCAACUUUCAAAUAUGCUCAUGAAUUAUCAAAUUUUAAAUAAACCAAUGGUAGAUUUUGGAGCAAGUCCAGAGAAAAAUAUGAAAAAUCAAAGAAAAUCUAUUAAAAAUACAGAAAAAGACACUAUAAAACCCCAAAAUUCACAAUAUAUUAGGGUUAAACAUAGAUACAGAAAUUUAAAAGAAAGCAUGCAAUUCCACCCAAAGAAUUGAUUUAAUAGAGAUAAAUAAAAUUCAA